CAUAACAUCGUUAACAUGGUGUCAGUAGGUCCUCCCUCCAAGAAGUCGAACAAAAGAGGAAAGAACUACACAAUGCCCAGAGCAGCAACAAUACACUCGAUAUAAUAGGCAAGAGAACGUUAUCGGAAUCCCCACGAGGACAAGAGAUCGACUUAGUGACACGAUUCACACAAGGAAGAUCUAGGAACAAAACAAAGACGGGUUUGUGGAAUCCAGCAAAUCAUUGAUCCUCACUGUAGAGUGAUCCUGCUUCGAAGCAUUUCGCGAUUGGUCGCUUUCUUUGCGAAAAGUUCUUGUGCAAUCGAUUAAUUCUUCCGCUACAAUAGAUCGAAUCGAAAGUGUCACCAUGGAGACAAUGCAAUGGUCCGAGGUUUCCACGACGCCCGCCUCCCCUGCCUCGGGGGGGAGCAGCCAGGGCGUCAUUGGAAUAUCCGGUUCCGAGGCGGGAGGAAAUAUCGGUGCCCCGCCUGCUCCAACCAUCAAGAAUCAUUCGGUUACGUUUUUCAACGAUCACCUGUACUGUUUCGGUGGUUACGACGGGCGACGAAACCACAAUCUCUUGCUCCUGUACAGUAUUCGGGAACACCGAUGGAUCCGUCCCCACAUGCUGGAGGAUGAGUUCGUUUCGAGCAGCAGUAGCAGCAGCAACGUGAACAAUUCCUCCAUAAUAGAACCGCUUCCGGAUAGCAACGGCACCAACAACGGCAGUAUUCACAACAUCGGGGAUGGCAACCGAAUCAGCAGAAACAACGAACCCGACACUAGCGAAUCGGAACCAAUGGAUGCAUCGCGAGAGCAUCGGAUACCGCACCGACCAGGUCCCCAACAUCGUCAGCAUCAGCAGCAGCAGCAGCAGCAGCAGCAGCAGCCACCAGCCUUUCACGACGACCAUCCAUACAACAGCAACAAUGCCCUUCGCAGCAACAGCCGAGAGGGUUUGUAUCCAGGAAUCGGAGGUGCUACCGGUCUCGAUGCAAGAAACGAAGACAGCAGGUACGCAUACACAGUGACGGGAAAUCCCCCACCGGGUCGCAACGGACACUCUGCCACCCUCGCUACUGACGAGGGCGACGACAGCGAAGGCUACGAGAGCGGGGAACAACGAGGAGAAGGCGUCACGGGCCGCAUCAUCAUACUCGGUGGGUGGCUGGGCCAGGGCCCCCUGGCGGCCAGUGAUAUGCACGUUCUGGAAAUCGCCCGCGGUGGCAAGCGAUUGCGGUGGUACCAGCCGACCGUCAAGGGCACCCCACCCGGUCCGUGCAACAUGCAUUCGGCCGAUUACGUGAAGGACAGGAAGGAGGUAUUCGUCUUUCGUGGAGGAAACGGUGCGUUCAACGAUUUCGUGUGUUGUUGGUCGCGUCACCUCUCAGUCGCUGGGUAGCACCGCAUGGCCCUUCUCGUUUGGUAUUUGUGCGCGUAUUAUCUAUGUGCUUUUGGGUGCCUUUGUUUCUGAUGUAAAUUAGUCCUGUUCACUAUUGCUUAUUCUUAGGCCGUGAAUAUCUUAACGACGUUCAUGCGCUUCACGUCCCUACCAUGACCUGGCGAAAGGUAGCUACGACGGGCGAAAGCCCCCAGCGGAGGGCAAAUCACUCGAGCUGCAUCUUGGAAGAAACAGGAGAAAUAUUUGUCUUUGGAGGGUGGAACGGAACGAAUCGAUUGAACGACAUACAUAUUUUUGACACGAAAACAUGCAACUGGACCUGUCCCAAGGUUGGUGGAGUCCUGCCACAUCCUAGAGCGGGUAUGACGCUGACGGCCUUGAGAGGUCGUUUGUAUUUGUUUGGUGGAAGCGGAACCAGUUCCAAGUGUUUUCAAGACCUGCAAAUCCUGGACCGAGAGGAAAUGGCGUGGUUGGACGUUACACAGUACGAAACGGUUCCACACGGGAAUGCCAACAGCGGUAACCGCAACCACCACCACAGCCAGAUGCAUCCUUCCCACUACCACCGACAAAACAACUUUCCGCUACCAAACUCACAACAAUACUAUGCGCACUCGCAUCAAUCCCAGCAAUACCAGCAGCAGCAUCACCACUCGUUUGCGAACCACCAAGAUAAUGGAUGGUCCAACCCCCAAUUGAAUUCUAACGGUAACAACUACUAUGAUUACAGUGGACGUGGCCAUCACCAUCAAUAUCAAGACAGCCAUGCGGGGGUUCCCUACAGUCAUCAUCAAAUCGACAACGGCAACAACAGCAAUGCUAAGGAUCACCAUCGGCCUGGUGGCUUUACAUCCUCCCGAGCCGACUGGACGUCUCGAGAAUUGGCGGCCCGACCGCGGUCGAUGGGCACGGGGGUCAUUGCCUCUCCGAAUCCCAAUGACGAGGAUACCGCCCCAACUGUUGUCUUGCAGGGUCUUCGUGUGCCCGGCUCGAGAGCGGGACACACAGCGACUGCUGUGAAUCGCAAAAUAUACGUGUUUGGCGGUUCGUGCGGCUCGGACUACCUGAACGACUUUUAUUUCCUUGACACGGAUCCACCACCCCGUGCCGCGGUAACCGAAGCGACGAGUCUGAACCUGAUCACACGGCGACUACCGCAUUUUUUCAACGACGAAGAAUUUUCCGACGUUACCUUCUUGGUGCAAGGUCGCAGGGUGUACGGGCACAAGAUGGUUUUGGCCAUUGUUUCCGACUGCUUUCGAGCAAUGUUCACGGCCGGCUUUCGAGAAUCCUCUUCCUCCGAAAUCGAGAUCACUGGGUGUUCCUACGAUGCCUUUUUAGCGGUGAUGGAAUACAUAUACACGGGGGCAAUCCCCACGAUGCCCUCUCAGAUGUCCGAUCGCUCACCCGAGGAUUCUCGUCGUCGCCUGGACAAGAUUGUGGACAUUCUGGAACUGGCCGAUCGGUUCUUCCUAGACAACCUCAAACAGGUCUGUGAAACCCAGCUCCAGUGCAACUUGCUGAACCACCUCAAACAGGUCGACCAGCAGUCGAACGAACGAGCUGAGACGGUUGAUUAUCUAUUAGAGGUUGCCGAAAAGACUAACUCAAUGCAGCUUCAGGUCAUCUGCGAACACUACGUCAGAAAUCGAAAUUCCGAUUAGGUUUCGAAUCCUUGAAGAGAAGCAAGAACCCAUGUAUUUCAGGGUUUGAACAACCGUUGCCCCUGGCACAUUAUACAUAAAGCUCUUUCUGCGAUGUCAUUGUCGAAAUAUGGUUGAGUCCACGAAAAAUUGUCUACUGCAGACUUCAUUUAUUGUUGGAAAUCKACAACGCCUUCCUGUAAUAAUUUUUUUUAAACGAA